GACGCAGCGAUUGAUCAGAAGCCCUUUUAUUUUCGAGCUAUACAGAACAACAAAUUAAACACAUUUUUACUCUUCUGCCAUAUAUUAAAUUAAGACUUUUUAUUUAUAAUUAAAUUAACGAAAUAAAGAAUCUCGAUAAUAAAUCAGAAAUUUCCUUGUCAGAUAGACGAUUCAGAAGCUGGUUAAGUAACCGAAACCACUCGAAAUUUUUCCUUCCUUCCUUCAAUAUUUGGCUAGAGGCGUAUCAGUGACUACUCGAAAAGAACAGACCAUUUGUCUCAAGUAGUAAUGUUCCAUGACACAACACUGUCAGUAGUUCCUUCAUAGAUCCUGCCGUUAACAACGAUACAAAAAUUAGUUGUUAUAAAAGAGUUACGAUGUCACAAGGAAGAGGAAGCAAAAAACACCGUGGACAUCAUUCUAACAAGGACAAGAUCAACAUCGGUGACAAAGGCAAGGAGGUUUUGGAGAACAUUGAUGAGAGCAACCCAGUGAUCCAGCAGUUCCGUGUUUAUGCGGCCAGUUUGGACGAAAAGCAUGAUCGUUACGAGAGCAUCAUCAAGAUCAAUCGUGACAUCACCAUCGAGAGCAAGAGGAUCAUCUUCUUGCUGCACACCAUCGAUAAGGAAAGCAAACGAGAUGUCGUACUGGCGGCGGCCAAGUCGAGGCUCGACGCCGUUGCGAGAAGAUUAUUCCGCGAUAUCGCGCACGAAUUGGACGGUCAAGACGCGUAUCAGUUCCACAAGGCCUACCGCGCCGGCAUGGAAGAAUACGUGGAGGCGCUGACAUUUUACGAGUACCUGGAGAAUGGUGGCUGCACGCACGAUUGGACCAAGCUGGAGGAAACUUUAACUUACCAUACAAAACCACCUGAAUCGUCUGAGCCGUCGGAGUCACCUGAUGAUCCAGAAAAGGAGUCUUCUAUGAAAAUCACACGCGUGCUGGUUACACCAACCGAUUACAUAAUGGGAAUGGCCGAUCUGACCGGAGAGCUAAUGCGGAGGUGCAUUAACAACUUAGCAAUAGGUGAUAUAACCAGUUGCUAUCACACGUGCAACUUUGUCAGGCACAUGUACGUCGCCUUCUUGGGCUACACGAGCGCGUGCAGCAGUGAGAUACACAAGAAAGUCUUCACUCUCAAGCAGAGCUUGGCUAAAAUGGAGAAAACCUGUUAUACCAUCAAGGUACGAGGAUCAGAGGUGCCGAAACAUAUGUUGGCUGACGUGGCUAUUCGUGGGGCAGCUGAAGAGUAUAAUACAGAAGAUGACGAGGGAUAUCAGGCAUUCUAAUACAUGGCAGUCAAUCUGAUCGAACCAAAUUUUUUGUUUGUAAUAUGUGGGAGUAAAUUUGAUGGGCAAAAUUUCUUUUUUUAUGUAAGAGUGAAUUUUGUAGACAUAAUUUUUUUGUUUGAAUUAUCUUGACUUGUCAGUGCAAUGUCAGGUGUAAACAGACAGCAUAAUAUUAAUAUAUUUGCAACGAACUUUGCUGGAAACAGGCAAAGGACAGAGGGAGAAAGACCCUAAAAAGACAACAGCGGUUGUGAUAUACAAUAUAAUAUAAUAUAUAAUUAAUGCUUUUAUAUUUUUCUGUUUAAAGAUUAAGCGAAUAAGUUGCAGGUACAUACAUUAGUUCAAAUACAAAAAUAAAUAUUUCUUAAGAAAAUAAAUCUGUAUUAAACUACUAAA